GAGGUCCGAGCCGCGCCAUCUUUGGAAAACAGUGAACCCAAUACUGAAUGAAAGUUAAUUUUCGUCGUUUAUUCGAGCAGUACGCUGUAUGGGGUGACCUCGUUUUAUUUCCAGGUAUUUGAUCAGUUGAUGUGAUCAUGGGGAUCAAAGUUCAGCGCACUCGGUGCUUUCUUGACAUCGGCAUCAGUAAUGUACUCGUCGGCAGAGUUGUGGUUGAAUUGUUUUCAGAGUUUGUUCCCAAAACAUGUGAAAACUUCAGAUGCCUCUGCACAGGUGAAAAGGGUGUCGGCAAAGGAACUCUGAAACCCCUUCACUACAAAGGAUGUGUGUUCCAUCGAGUUGUAAAAGACUUUAUGAUUCAAGGAGGAGACUUCAGCGAAGGUAAUGGAAAAGGAGGUGAAUCCAUCUAUGGAGGCUUUUUUGAAGAUGAAAGCUUCACUGUUAAACACAACAAGAGCUACCUGCUGUCAAUGGCAAAUAGAGGCAAAGACACAAAUGGAUCACAGUUUUUCAUAACAACAAAACCGUCACCACAUCUGGAUAGUGUCCAUGUGGUUUUUGGUCAUGUGAUUUCUGGCCAAGAUGUUGUUCAAACCAUGGAAAACCAGAAAACUGAUCCCAAUAGUAGACCAUAUGCAGACGUGAAAGUUUUGAACUGUGGAGAACUCAUCCAAAAGUUGAAAGCAAAAAAAGCAGAAAAAAUAAAAGAGCGAGCCUCUUCCAGUUCCAGCAGUAGCUCCAGCGACUCUGAGAGCUCUUCAGAAUCCUCCUCUGAAUCUGAAGAAUCGGAGAAGGAAUCUAAGAAGAGGAAAAAGAAGGCGAAAAAGCUCAAAAAGAAACAGAAGAAGAAGAAGGAAAAGAAAAGGUCAGAGGCGGAAAGUGCUGAAGAGAAAGAACAAGAAGAGUUGGUUACUUCUACUGUACGUCCUGAAGAUAUUCCAACCAUCCCAGAGAAUCGAUUCCUCAUGAGGAGAAGUCCCCAGGUGGUCCAGAAUCCAAAAGAGGAGGCUGAAAGUUCUCAGCCGAAUAGAGAGGAAAGGCCCAGAGAGAGUUAUGGCACAGGAUAUAAUUCUCAGUCAAAUCAAAAAAGACUGUUGAUGACACGAUCCGGAAGGAAGAUAAAAGGCAGGGGUCCAAGGCGCUAUCGGACGCCGUCUCCGUCCGGAGAUCGUUUUCAGCGCAGUGACACCCCUCCGCACUGGCGUCAGGAGAUGCAGCGUCAAAGGAUGAGGCCAGUCACUGGAGAGCGCUGGAUUAAGGGUGACAAAGGGGACAUGAACGAGGCCAUGGAUGACUCUGCUAAAGCUCCAAGAAGAGAGAGGCGGACCUCCGACACGAAGCAUGACCACACAGCUGAGGGUAAAAAAGACAAGAAAAGUCGGUCACAUCGAUCCAAAAGCAAAGAGGAGGACGCGGUUGAGAAGGAUGAGAAGCAUAGCAAACACAAGGCGAAGAAAAGAGAUAGAUCUCAAAGCCGCAGCAAAAGCAGAGAGAAGAGUAGGCGCUCAAAAAGCAGAGAGAAGAGUAGGCGCUCAAAAAGCAGAGAGACGAGUCACAAGGACAAAAGUGAUGACGGGAAAGGUCGCUCAAAGAGCAAAGACAAAAAUGAUGGUAAGAAAGAAAAGGAGUCUGAGUCGGAGCCCAAUAAAGAUAAAACUAAGGAUCAGGACUCUGACAAAAAGCAGAAGGAAGACACCAAAGGAAGAAAUGGUGAGAGCACUAGGGCGAAGUCCCAAAGUAAGGAAAAACCAACUGCCAAAGAUGGCCGUAGAUCAAGCAGCAGGGACAGGAGUGGACCUGCAGCGUCUAAAGACAAAGAAGAAAAACGCGAAAAAGACAGAGAGAGGGGCAGAGAGCGUAGCAGGAGUCAGGAAAGACGAAACAACAAUGAAAGGGAGAAUAAGAAGCGAGGGACAUCCAGGGACAGGGAACAUAGAACAAGAAGUCCAUACAGGAAUAAGUCGAGAGACUCUCACAGAGGCAGGCGCUCCAGGAGCAAGAGUAGUCGGAGAGACCGCAGCCGAGAUCGAUCCUCUUAUAGAAAAGACAAGGACAGAGAUUCUGCCAACCAGAGGAGAAGGAGAAGUAGGAGCAGCAGCUCUGAGAGCGAUAGAGAUGAGAAAAGGAAGAGUCCAUAUUCUAAACGGAGAGAAGCAAAUCGCACCUCCAGGUCCAAAGACAGGAGAAGCCCGGCCAGACCAAGAGCUGAUGGUACCAAGGGCAAAGACCGGAACAACAGCAGGAGAAAUAAAAGCAGCUCUAGCUCAAGCUCUGACAGCGACUGAGCCUGUGAUCAGACCCUAAUCAAUAGAUCGGGAGUCCUGAAGUUUGUCCCCAUUUUACCCCAACUACAUGUGCAGCCUCAGCGCUCCACCUAGAGGAGACUUAUCCACAUUCCUCAUUCAGUGCAUACAGUCCCACGCCACGCUUGAUCCAAAGCUGACAUGACUGUACAAAGGUUAUUUUCCAAACUGUUAAGUGACAAUGUCCGCCUGUAUCGUCAUGCGAGCGUCGCGCUGCACUCUGCCGCUCCAGGGAUUGUGGCUUUGGCCCAUCCAGUGCAGUACACUGCUGAUGUAGCCGAAGCCACACGGCAAGUUUGAGGAAGGAUUUCCUCAGGAUGCUUUCUCUUGAAAUGAAAGACUCCUAAAUUUGUCAAAUGUCUGAUUGUCAAAUAAUUUUUGCAACAAUCAAUUUGGAAGAGAAGACUUUUAGUUUCUUGCAUGCGUAUCUCUCUCGUUUGGAGCGUUAUGUACAUCCAUGACCUUGUACUGUAAUCCCGUUUGUUUGAAAUGUUUUUCUAUUAAAAAACAAUGUCAUGCUGCAAGUACAAUAUGAAAUCAAUUUGUAUAAAUUGUGUUUUGUGCAAGUUAAUUUUAAGAACACUACUGCCAUCUAGGAUGAAUUAAAAGGCUCAACUUUGA